AUGCAGGGCUCAGAGCAUCAACUUACUAUAAACAGCAUGCACGACUUGGCCAGCACCUACACUGAGGUUGGGAGACUGACCGAAGCAGAAGAACUGGGGCUACAGGUUGUAGAGAUCAGCAAGCGUGUGCUCGGGCCAGAACAUUCAGAUACAUUAGGCAGUAUCGCCCUCCUUUCUUCAAUCUACAAAAAGCUUGGAAAUCUAAACAAAGCAGAGGAGUUUGGAGGGGCGGUGGUGGAGGCCAGCAACCGUGUUCUUGGGCCUGAACACCCUGAAACUUUGAUCCGCAUGCAAAAUCUGGCGUGGAGCUAUGGCUCAGCGAAGCAGAAGAAUUCCAACGGCAGUUGGUGGGAAACAGCAAUCAGAACAUCCUGA